GUACCAAACUAUCACAGUAUCAACUACCGACGGUUGUUUCUUAUCUGGGAGGUUGCACGAUGAACUUCAACUAAUUCGACUAUUCUUAAAAUGUGAUCGCUUUAUUUUAUUUUGGCCGUUAAACAGUUAUCUUCAUCGCAUAAUGAAUAUCACUGGGCUCUGAUUUACCGUGAAAUUGUAUCAAAAUACUUCAUGAUGACACCUUAUGAUGAAAAAGACCCUCACUUAGAAGGCAAAGUCAAAAAAGCGACUGAGCGAAUUUCAGAAAACAUCCACAUAAUCGCCAACGAACCGUCUUUAGCGUUCUACAGACUGCAGGAACAUGUUCGAAAGGCGUUACCUCCAAUGGUAGAUAAAAGAGUUGAAGUAAUGAAACUCAACCAAGAAUUGCAAGGGAGAUGUUAUGAUGUGGAAUAUGCUGUUAGCGCAGUCAAGUCAGUCGAAAAUGCUGAAGAAAGUUUCGACAAUACACAGAAACUGUUAAGAGACGCUGUUUUCUUCAAACAACAGUUAAAAUACAUUGAAAGUAGAAGGCCGAAGGAAACGAGCUCAGUGUACAAAAGACUAUCGGCGCAUAUAACUCUCGAUCUUCCUGACUUGCCCGAACUGUCAGGCGCUCUGCGAGAGACUGCUAACAAAGUGGAAUCUAUUAUGAAUCAAGCGAGAAAUUCUCAACACUUUUCAAAUGAUGAAGAUGAUUGAAAAAUCAUGGUGUAAUAAUUAAAUCUUUUGAACCAUUUGAAAUGCUGUUCAUUAGGUUUUGGAUUCAACCGACAAAUCAAUGGGUUGAAACAUGCUCUGAAAUGAUAUAGGACCAUAUGUAUAAUUACUUUUAUAAAAAGUAAAUAUUUAAUUGGCUUUAAGGCAUACAUUUAAAUUAGAUAGCACAGUGUACAUGGUUGUAACAACAUGUUCUUUAUUACAAGAAUAUGUUGGUUUCUGAGUUAUAAAUAAUUGUGAUCCUACUAGUAAUUCAUAGUCGAAAAAAA